ACAUAAGAAGAAGAAGAAAACCAUCAUGUGACUUCAUCACGGGAAAGUUGAAGUCACAUGAAUUUUGGGUCUACUUAAACACUUCACUGGUCGGUUCACAUUUUUGUUCCCACACCUGGAAAGAUGCAUCUUGUGUUGGUGUGUUUGCUGCUGGGGGUGCUGGAGGUUUCUGGAGCUCCAGAUGCAGAUGAAAUCAAAUUUUUGCCUGGACUUUCAAAACAGCCCAGCUUCAAGCAUUAUUCUGGAUACUUCAAUGUAGCGGACAACAAGCACCUCCACUACUGGUUUGUUGAAUCUCAGAAGGAUCCGGCCAAUAGUCCGGUUGUUCUGUGGCUUAACGGAGGACCAGGAUGCAGUUCCAUGGAUGGUUUGCUCACAGAGCACGGACCUUUUCUGAUACAAGAUGAUGGAGCAACUCUAGAAUAUAAUCCUUAUUCUUGGAACAAGAUUGCAAAUGUCUUAUACCUGGAGUCACCAGCAGGUGUCGGCUUCUCCUACUCGGAUGACAAGAAGUACUCAACAAAUGACACAGAGGUGGCCAUGAACAACUACUUGGCCCUGAAAACGUUUUUCCAGUUGUUUCCUGAGUUCAGCAAGAAUGAGUUUUUCCUGACUGGCGAGAGUUACGGGGGCAUUUACAUUCCCACACUGGCUGAGAUCGUCAUGGAGGACAGCAGCAUCAAUUUAAAGGGAAUUGCGGUUGGAAAUGGCUUGUCCAGCUAUGAGCUAAAUGACAAUUCAUUGGUGUAUUUUGCAUACUAUCAUGGGCUUCUUGGUACCAGCUUGUGGAAUGACCUGCAGACGUUUUGCUGCAAAGAUGGAGUGUGUAACUUCUACAAUAGCCAGGAUGUGAACUGCUCGUAUUCUGUGAGUACAGUUCAACACAUAGUCUACGAGUCAGGGCUCAACAUCUAUAACCUGUAUGCAACCUGUCCAGGAGGUGUUCCUGGGAGAUUAAGCUUUGAAAAUGACCAAUUUGUGAUCCGAGACCUGGGCCACCACUUCCUCAACCAUCAAUGGGCCAAAUUACAGAACCAGAAAUUGCGAGAUGUGGCCACCCAGUUUAAAUCUACGCGUCUCGAUCCUCCGUGCACCAACUCUACCCCAUCAACCCUGUACCUGAACAACCGGCUCGUGAAGACUGCCCUCCACAUCUCGCCCAAUGCUUUGGACUGGGUCAUCUGCAGUGCUGAAGUCAAUCUGAACUACAACCGCCUGUUCAUGGACGUGAAGAAACAGUACUUGAAGCUUCUUGGAGCACUAAAAUACCGUGUGCUGGUAUAUAAUGGAGAUGUGGACAUGGCCUGCAAUUUCCUAGGAGACGAGUGGUUUGUGGAGUCUCUCCAGCAAGAGGUCCAGGUGCAGCGCAGAUCUUGGGUUUAUUUCAAUGGUGAAUCUCAGCAGGUGGGCGGCUUCGUCAAGGAGUUCACCAACAUUGCUUUCCUCACAGUGAAGGGUUCGGGUCACAUGGUUCCCACUGAUAAACCCAUAGCGGCCUUCACAAUGUUCAGUCGCUUCAUCACCAAACAACCUUACUAGAACACACUCAGGGAU